CUUUGUACCUAAGCAAAUACAUAAAUUCUAAUUCUACACAAACAACCAAAUUUCUCGUUAAAAACGAAAGAAACUAUGAAAUAAUGACCACUAAGGAAUGAAAAAGCAAGUCUACCGCCUCAUCGCGCCCCCCAAUCGGUUUUCUCCUGCCGAAACCGUACAGAUCCCAAAGGCGUAAUAUAAAGGGAACUUCCGGUUCUCCAGUCUUUUCCAUUCCAUCAGAAGCCGAAACCCCAAGGAACCAUAACCCAGCCAACAGAAGAGGACAGGAGAAUAGAAGAACAGCCGGGAAGAGAGAGAUCACCAUGGCAGAUGACUUCCAGUCUGGAAUAUGCAGUGGUGGGGGCUGGUGGAACCUUGCAAGAAGUGCCGGCUCCGAUGUCCUGGCCUCGGUCUCAUCUUCAACUACGAUCACCGACAUCGGCGGUGGGGGCUUCAGCUGGGCGACGGCCGAGUUGGCUGAACCCAAGGCCCGAUCCGGGGAAGAGUUGGCAGGCUCAGCCUCCGGCAGCUCUCUCAAUUUUCAAGACACCCACAAGCUCCCACCGCCCGAUGCCGGUCUCCCCUUGAUCGAUUCUUCCUUUCAAACGCCCGGUUUUGGCCUCUCAACGGAUUGGACGCAAACCCUGCUUAGGAGUGGUGGAAGAGCUGAGACCAGUUUCCAUGUCAUGCUCCAAGAGGAUCCAAGAUCAAGGGCUUAUUUCCGGGAAGAACCAUCAGUAGAAUCCAAUCAAGUCCAUGCGGUCACCGGAGAUUCAACAACAAACUUAUUUAAGGACAUGAAUCAAUCUUUCUUAUCAGAGCAACAACAUCUUAGCGCUGGCAACGAGUCUCGUGAUGCUGGUGUUAGUAGCUACCCCCUUGUUCCGGCCUCCUAUGGAUGUUCUUCUGUGAUGCUACAAGGCCUGCUCGAACCUGAUGACAAACCGCAACAGUCCGUUUAUGACAAUCGUUUGGUAAAUUACCAGUCUCCCAUGAUGGCAUAUCGUGGGAGCUCCAGUGAGCUGUUGCAACGCUCUUCGGCUAAUUUCCCUCAGUUCCUAAAGUCUUCUCCUCCAAAGCAGCAACCUGGCAAUCAGUUGCAGUUCUCCAACAACACUCCCUUUUGGAACGCUUCCGCUGCCUCCAUGAGCGAAGUGGGAACGGGGCUUUACCCUCCCACGCCUUCCCAAUUUGUCUCGCAGGCUUUUCAGCAGAAGCCCAGCUGCAGCAACCUUGCCCCAAAGCUGAAUUCCGAAGGAGUUCGAGAUUCGUGUUCCUCUCCAUCAAAGAAAAGUGGCAGCAGCGAGCCCACAUCCAAAAAGCCUCGAAUCGAGUCACCGUUGCCAUUACCGACCUUCAAGGUCAGGAAAGAGAAAUUAGGGGACAGAAUCACCGCACUCCAGCAGCUAGUUUCACCUUUUGGAAAGACCGACACCGCAUCGGUUCUCCACGAGGCCAUCGAGCACAUUAAGUUCCUUCAUGAUCAAGUUGGUGUUUUAAGCACUCCAUAUUUAAAGAAUGGGCAUCCCAUGCAGCACCAGCAGGGCUCGGACAAGUCAAAGAAUGGUGACGGACCGAAGCAAGACCUUAGAAGCCGAGGGCUGUGCCUUGUUCCAAUCUCGAUCACUUACCCCAUGGCCAGUGAGACCACAGCUGACUUCUGGCAUCCGACUUUUGGAGGAACCUUCAGGUAGGGAGGAGUUAGGGUUUUGAGGGAGGAGGAAAACCACUCAUGUGCAGAAUGUUGUCAAGCCAAAGCAAGGGAGGGAAUGAUAGAUUACAGAAAAGGGGAACAAAAAAAAAAAAGGAAAAACACAUAUGGCAUUUUGUCGUCUGGGGAGAAAGAACAAAAACCCAGUAAAGGAAAGAUAAAGAGAAGCGAAGGGAAAGGAGGGGACCCUUCAAAGACAGGCUAAGUUGGGACAGCUACAAGGAGAAUGAUAUGAGGCUGGCCAUGGAGUAGAGAACUUUGGAGGGAAUAAUCAAAAGAGCGUUGUAUUAAGAGGUGGCCAGGAUUACCGAAUCGGAACAGGUGCUAAAUUUGGCAGGUUUUUGUGAAAAGGUUUUGGAGGUGGGGACCUUAUGUUCGUCGCUGAAUUCAGCAUAAGGGUAUUGGAGGUGGAAGGUGAAGAAGGGGAACGAAGCUCGGGUUUUGCUCCUGUUCGAUGCGACGGUAAAGGCUGGCACCACUUUUUUUUUUUUUUUCCCCUCAGAAGAAAUUCAAUGUAUAGUUUUGGGGAUCUUACUUUUAAAUUUAUUUAUAUGGUUCUGAAAGCGGUAGUGG